AUGUCCCAGCCCUACUACAACGGCCCUCCUCCCCCUCCUCAGACUUACCCUCCUCCCCCUCAGGGCUACCAAUAUCCUCCUCCUCAGGGUGGCUACGGAUAUCCUCCCCAGCAGGCUCCCCAGUACCCCCCCCAACCGCAAAUGCAGUACCAGCAGCAACCGGCUCCCCAGAAGAAGGAUCGCGGAUGCCUGGGUGCUUGUCUGGCCACCCUCUGCUGUUGUUUCCUCUGCGAAGAAACUUGCGAAUGCUGUUUCGAGUGCAUCGAAUGCUGCGAGAUGUGUUAA